AUGACGAGCCGCGAGAAAGAGAAGGGCGUCAAUGUCCAGGUUCUCCUCCGUUGCAGGCCGUUUAGCGAGGAGGAGUUGAGGAACAAUGCGCCGAAGGUGGUGACGUGCAACGAAUUCCACAGGGAGGUGUCCGUUGCGCAGAAUAUCGCCGGGAAGCACUUUGAUCGAGUUUUUACGUUUGACAAGGUGUUUGGACCGAGUGCCCAUCAGAGAGAUCUUUAUGAACAAGCAGUUAUUCCAAUAGUCAAUGAGGUUUUAGAAGGUUUCAACUGUACGAUUUUCGCAUAUGGGCAAACUGGAACUGGAAAAACAUACACCAUGGAGGGUGAAUGUAAGAGGUCGAAGAGUGGUCCGAAUGGAGAACUGCCUUCCGGAGCAGGAGUGAUACCUAGAGCAGUAAAGCAAAUUUUCGACACAUUAGAGGGUCAAAAUGCCGAGUACAGUGUCAAGGUUACUUUCUUGGAGUUAUAUAAUGAAGAAAUCACAGAUUUGUUAGCUCCGGAUGAUAUAUCCAAAGUCGUCCAGGAAGAUAAACAGAAAAGACAAUUGCCGCUUAUGGAAGACGGAAAAGGGGGUGUCCUUGUUAGAGGGUUGGAAGAGGAAAUUGUUACAAGUGCCAGUGAGAUUUUCACUCUACUCGAAAGAGGUUCUGCUAAACGCCGAACUGCAGAAACUUUACUAAACAAACAAUCAAGCCGUUCGCAUUCUCUAUUCUCCAUCACAAUACAUAUAAAGGAAGCAACACCUGAAGGUGAAGAAUUAAUAAAGUGCGGCAAGUUGAAUUUGGUUGAUUUGGCUGGUUCAGAAAACAUCUCUCGUUCUGGUGCAAGGGAGGGCAGGGCAAGAGAAGCUGGUGAAAUAAACAAAAGUUUGCUUACAUUAGGCAGAGUAAUAAAUGCGCUGGUUGAGCAUCUUGGCCAUAUUCCUUAUAGGGAUAGCAAGCUCACACGUUUGCUUCGAGAUUCACUGGGGGGUAGAACAAAGACUUGCAUUAUUGCUACAGUAUCACCAGCUGUUCACUGUCUUGAGGAGACUCUGAGCACAUUGGAUUAUGCUCACAGGGCUAAGAACAUAAGGAAUAAGCCUGAGGUGAAUCAGAAGAUGAUGAAAUCAACUCUUAUUAAGGAUCUCUAUGGUGAAAUAGAACGACUAAAAGCAGAGGUUUAUGCUGCCAGGGAGAAAGUUGGUGUUUACAUCCCUAAAGAGCGAUACCAUCAGGAGGAGAGUGAGAGAAAGGCAAUGGCUGAUCAGAUUGAACAAAUGGGAGUGACAAUUGAAAAUCAUCAGAAGCAAAUAGAGGAAUUGCGAAUAAAGUAUGAUUCUAAGGUUCAGCAAUGUCUUGAGUUGGGCAAAAAGCUUGAUUCAACCCAAAGUGAUCUGAACUUAACAAGCAAGUUGUUGGCGAACACUGAGGAUGACUUGCAGCAAUGCCAGUAUUCUCUAAGGGAACGGGACUUUAUCAUUUCUGAACAGAAAAGAUCAGAAAAUGCGCUGGCUCAUCAAGCUUGUGUUUUACGGGCCGACCUGGAAAAGUCUCAAAAAGAUAAUGCUUCUCUAUUCUUGAAAAUAGCUAGAGAGGACAAAUUGAAUUCUGAUAACAGGUCGACGGUGAACAGUUUUCAGUCGGAUCUAGCCCAGCAGCUUGCUACCCUUUGUAGCUCGCUGACUGCAUCCGUCUCACGACAAAGCGAACAUCUACAGUGUGUCGAGAAUCUCUGUAACUCUUUUCUCCAAGUACACGAUAAGGCUUCUGUAGAGUUAUCACAAAAAGUAGAUUCUUCGAGGGCUUUAUAUGUCUCUCAUUUUGAGGCACUACAAAACGUUGUCUGUAUGCACAAAGCUGGUAAUAAUGCUGCUCUGGAGGAACUGUCAGCUUUGGCGUCUUCUAAUUCACAGUCUAUUGAAGAAUUUUUAGCAGCAGAGGCUGCUGAGGCGAAAGCAGUACUUGAUGACCUUCAGGAUACACUAACAAGUCAACAAGGGGAAAUGGCUCUUUUAGCAAGAGAACUUCGACAGAGAUUUCAUGCUAGUGUAGAGCACCUGAUGAACACCUCAGAAUUUGUACAUGGAUUUAUUGAUAAGCUUGGGGAAGAAACACAAAGACUUCAACAUCAUGCAACUCAAGUUGAUGAAAUUCAGACUAAAUGCAUUGCCGAAUUUCAGAAGGCUUAUGAGGAACAGUCACGGUCAGAAGCAGAGAAGCUUAUUGCUGAUAUGACAUCUCUUGUUACUAACUGCUUGCAUCGUCAAAAAGAGAUGGUGGAUGCACGGUUGGAAGAUAUUAAGGAUAAUUCCACUGGGAAUAAGAUGUUUUUGGAUGAACAUGUUUCAACUAUUAAUGGCAUCACAACAGACUUAAAAAGGAAAUGGCAGGAUAGUUUUAUGCAGACAGAGAGUAGUUUUAAAGAUAAUGCUGAUUUCUCUGCAGCCAAGCAUUGUCGUAUGGAAAUGCUUGUACAGAAAUGCGUGAAAAGUGCUGAUACGGCUUUGGUCCAGUGGCAAAAAAUGCAAGAAUCGUUAAAUGGCAUGGAAAGUAAAAAUGCUUCAACCAUCAAUUUACAUGUCAGGAAUAUGUGGUACAGCAAUGAACAACACAAUGCUGAGGUCGAUUCUGCUAGAGUUGUGGUUGAGGAGGAUGUGAAAACGAACAGUGAAGAUAUGAUUAACUGGUUUAAGGGCGUGUCAGGGCAAGGGAAGUCAUCCGUUUCCAAAAUAUUGUCGACCUCUAAAACUCAUUCUGAAACUCUUCAGAAUCUUACCACAGAUCAUUCACAGCAAUUAGCCAGAAUUGAACAGCAUGCUGUUGAUACUUUCAGGCAAAAAUAUAUGGAUUACGAGCCUACCGGCACAACGCCCCUUAGAUGUGAGCCCGAUAUUCCCAGCAAGGCCACGAUUGAGUCACUACGGGCAAUGCCUAUGGAGGCCCUUCAAGAAGAAUUUCGAGAAAACAAUACGUUCGAGUUUCACGUGAAGGAAUCAAAACCGACCCUUAUCCCUCGUGCCCCAUUUUCACAGAUCAACUAG